AUGGUUGCCAGUCAAAACAGUGAUUUUGCUGGAGCUGAUAUCUGCAAUGAGGUUUUAGCACAUUGUAAACUGUCAGUGUUGUGUUUCGUCUGACAGAUUGAGUUCUACGAAGACAGGAACUUCCAGGGAAGAUCCUAUGAAUGUAAGGGAGACACAAGUGACCUUCAUUCUUUUUUUAGCCGCUGUAAUUCUGCAAAAGUUAAGGGGGGCUUAUGGGUCCUGUAUGAGCGGCCAAACUACAUGGGCUAUCAGUAUAUCCUUGUCCCAGGGGAGUAUCCAGAUUAUCACCAUUGGAUUGGCUUCAAUGAUUGCAUCCGAUCUUGUCGUCUGCUCAGGCAUGUUACUGGACAUCUCAAGCUGAAGCUCUUUGAGAGGCCCAAUUUUGGUGGCCAAACAUGGGAAGUUUCAGAAAGCACCCCGUCCAUUGAGGAACGGUUCCUCUGCAGAGAGAUCCAUUCCUGCAAGGUCCAGGAAGGUCCCUGCGUGUUCUUCGAGCAUGCAAACUACCGUGGCCGUCAGUACCUCCUUGAGAAGGGAGAAUACAGGCGGCACACUGAAUGGGGGGCCAUGCAUGCCACUGUGGGCUCUAUUCGUCAGAUCACCACGGACUGUUGAAAUGAAUACCUGUCAUAAUUACUACUGACAAAUAAAAUUAUUUGAAGAGGCAUUUAUUCAUACGAGUCGUCUCUGUUUUUUACUGGUUGCCAUACAAAGCUGAAAUGUUUCUAACAUAUUAAUUAAAAACAAAACAAAACAUAAAAAACACAUUCUUAAAAGCUAGUUUAUCAUUUAUAUAUAGUAUGAAUGACUGCUUUGUAAAGUCAAAUCAGG